GGAGCCGGGGCCGGGGACGGAGCCGAGCCGAAGCUGGGGCGGGGGGUUGAACUGUUCCGGGGCAGCAGGAAAUCCCCGGGGGGAGAAACCGGAGUCGCGGGGGCUGCAGAAUGACGCCCACGUUUCGCUCCAGCUGAUCCCAGCCUCUGAUGAGACAGGGAAGGGAAAUGGCUGCAGAGGAGCCAGUCCAGGCGUUCCAGUUUCCAAACCUGAUGUCAUCUCCCAGGUGGAAGAAGGGGAAGAGCCAUUGGUCCCAGACCUCCAGGAUUCAGAGGAAAAAGAGAUCCUGAGAGCUCCCUGCACAGGUGAUGUGAUGGUGAGUGAGAAUGAGGAGCAGAAGUCUGAGCAGGAAGAUGCUGAGCAAGUGGAAUCACACGGAGCAUUAUCGCAAAGAUCCAAAGAGAAAGUGCCCACGAUUCAUGAGCAGGGAAAAGUCUUUGAGAUUCAGCGUAGUCCAGAGAGUGAGCAAGGAAACCAACCAGGGGAGAAAAUGGGAAAAUUAAUUUACUCUUGGGGAACUCACAAGGACCUCAAAGAAACCACAGCCCAGCAGAAAAUCUUCAGAGGAAAGAGAAAAUAUACAUGCAGUGAGUGUGGGGCAAACUUCAGUGACUGCUCAGCCCUUAUUGCUCAUCAGAAAAUCCACACGGGAGAGAAACUCUAUGAAUGCUGUGAGUGCGGGAAAACCUUCAAUCGCAGCUCACACCUCACUCGACAUGAGAUAAUCCACACAGGAGAGAAACUCUAUGAAUGCUGUGAGUGCGGGAAAAGCUUCAAUCGCAGCUCACACCUCACUCGACAUCGGAGAAUCCACAUGGGAGAGAGACCCUAUGAAUGCAGUGAGUGCGGGAAAACCUUCAAUUGCAGUUCACAGCUCACUAGACAUGAGAUAAUCCACACAGGAGAGAGACCCUAUGAAUGCCAUGAGUGUGGAAAAACCUUCACUCUCAGCUCAUAUCUUACUACACAUGAGCGAAUGCACAGAGGGGAGAGGCCCUUUCAGUGCUCUCAGUGUGGGAAAAGCUUCACUAGGAGCUCAUCCCUUAUUAGACAUGAGAGAAUGCACACGGGAGAGAGACCCUAUAAAUGCUGUGAGUGCGGGAAAACCUUCACUUCCAGCUCAAACCUUAUUCAACAUCAGAGAAUCCACACAGGGGAGAGGCCCUAUGAAUGCAGUGAGUGCGGGAAAGCCUUCAAUUGCAGCUCCGAGCUCACUAGACAUGAGAGAAUCCACACAGGAGAGAGACCCCAUGAAUGCAGAGAGUGUGGGAAAAGCUUCACUCUCAGGUCAGAUCUUACUACCCAUGAGAGAAUCCACACAGGGGAGAGGCCUUUUCAAUGCUCUCAGUGUGGAAAAAGCUUCACUAGGAGCUCAGACCUUACUAGACAUGAGAGAAUCCACACGGGAGAGAGACCCUAUGAAUGCUGUGAGUGUGGGAAAAGCUUCAUUUCCAGCUCAAAACUUAUUCAACAUGAGAGAAUCCACACAGGGGAGAGGCCCUAUAAAUGCGGUGAGUGUGGGAAAGCCUUCAGUUGCAGUUCAAAGCUCACUAGACAUGAGAGAAUGCACAGGGGGGAGAGACCUUAUGAAUGCUGUGAGUGCGGGAAAACCUUCACUUACAGCUCAGAUCUUACUACCCAUGAGAGAAUCCACACAGGAGAGAGGCCCUUUCAAUGCUCCCAGUGUGGGAAAACCUUCACUAGGAGCUCAGAUGUCACUAGACAUGAGAGAAUCCACACAGGAGAGAGACCCUAUGAAUGCAGUGAGUGUGGGAAAAGCUUUAUUUCCACCUCAAAUCUUAUUAAACAUCAGCGAAUCCACACUGGGGAGCGCCCCUUUAAAUGCGGUGAGUGCGGGAAAACCUUCAAUUGCGGCUCACAGCUCACUCGACAUGAGAGAAUCCACAUGGGAGAGACACCCUAUGAAUGCUGAGAGUGCGGGAAAACCUAUACUCUCAGCUCACACCUUACUAGAUAUUGGAGAAUCCACAUGGGAGAGAGAUCCUAUGAAUGUGAAUUCGGAAAAACCUUCAAUCAAAGCUCAUACCUCAGUACUAGGGCUGUCCAUUAAUCA